AUGUUAUUGGAAAUAAUGGAAGUUGGAAAUGCUUGCUUUUUUUUUGGGAUAUGUGUAAAAUUGGAAGCUAUUAUCAUGUGUUUAUUAUUGAUUAAAUAAUGCAUCAAUGUUAUCUUAUUCGAUAAAAUAAGAGUAGAUGAUCCGAUUAAUAGAAUGAAUAUAAAUUAAAUAAGCUUCAUCUAGAAAGUUUAGACCUUGCUAAUAAUUAUUAGAAAAUUCAAAGAGAGAACAGUUUGAAUUGUAAAUUAGAUUACAUAAAAUAUAUAGGCAGAAUUUAAAGCUUUUAUGAUUAAAUCUGGCUAUAUUUAAAUCUGUAGGCUUAAUCUCUUACAAAAUGUCUAUUAGGUUCUCUAUUACUGGGAAACAACGCACCCGAAAGUACAAUUAAAAAUUGAUCUUUUGAAUUGCUUUCAGAUUAAAAUGACAAUUGAUAUUAAAGAAAAAUGGUAGCAUAGCUGA